UUAAUGUGUUAUAAAAUGAGAAUUUUUACAAGAAAUAAUGGAAAUAAAAAUUGUGUAUACAAAAAUUUAAUAAAUAAUUAAUCACCUUAAAUAAUGAAAAACUUCUUCUGGUCACAAAGUGAAAAUGGAAUAAAAUUUAUUGAAAUAAUUUUCUUCAGCAUAAAUCAGAUAAACAAGUCGAAAAUAAUUGUGGCAAGAAAGCAAGGCACAGAAGCAGAAGUAGGAAGAUAGAAAAUUUGAUUUCGAAGCAAUCAUGCGAUCGAAGCAGCAACCGAGACCCUCAUAUCGUUGGAUAAACAACCGAGAAGAAAACGACGAAGGUGAAGAGGGCGUAAAUCUAAAUGAAAAUAAUGAUGCCCAGAAGGAUGAAUUGUCAACAGGAUCAGCAAGUCCAUCAUCAAGUAAUUCCUUGGAGGUGCCAGAAGUACAAACAACCACAACAUCAUCAUUAAUCAAAUCUAAAGCAACAAUUCCACGAUCGAAAGAUGCUCGUAAUCGUCUCGCCACACAAUCAGCAGCUGCUGCUGCAUUUUUAUUAUCGUCAUGCCGUCAACAAUCAAAUGAAUCACCAUCGCACGAUGAUUUAGAGCAAAACAUACCUGUCACAUUAAUUGAUCAUGAAACCGGACUCAAACGUGAAAUGGCCAGCCCACGAUGUCAAUCGCGAGACUCAUCAAGCGGUCGUUGUCCAUCUGAUGAAUCUGUUUAUUCAGGUCGUGGUGGUAGCGGAAGUGGCAUGGGACAUAAUAGUGGAUUAAGUCCCGUUUCCAUGACAUUGCCACCAAAUAUACCUCCAUCAUUACUUCCACAACAUUCAGCUGCUAUGGCUGCAUAUUUAAAUGUUGCAGCCGCUGCUGCAGCACAACAAAACAGAUUAUUAUUGGCAUCGCCAUUAAGACAUUCGAUGCAUCGUGAACGAUCUAAUUCUCCAAUGGAUAAUGAUGAGCCAAUAUUGGAUUUUAGUAAGAAGAGAAAGUCAAGUUGCGAUCAAAGUGAUUCAAAUGACGAAAAUAAUAGUGAUAAUGAAGUUAUGAAAGCAGAUAGUAGUCCAUUAGAUUUGUCUGUGAGUACACGAAAGCGAACAACAAGUGAUGAAUCACCACAACACUCACCACGUAAAAUGCCACGUUCCGGACAUGAUUUUAAGUCAUCAAUUAUGACACCAUGGAAUACGCCUGUUACAGCAAACUUGCCAUUUUUUGCAAAUGCAGUUGCUGCAGCUGCGGCCGGUUUGUCACCAAAAACAAUAGCAAAUGAAUGGAAUGGUAAAAAUAAAUUGCAUUCAUCAAUGCCGAGUGAAGCGACAAAAGCAUUGGAGAAAAUGUCAGAAUUGAGUCGUAUUGGCGAUGACAUGUUCCGUUCAUCAUCAUCUGCAUCCUCACACAAUAAUCACGGUUCGAAUAAUAGUGGAAAUCGAGAAUCGUCAGGUGUGAGUGCACCAUCAGCCGGUCGACAUAGUGCAUGGCAAUCACACUGGCUUAAUAAAGGUGCUGAUACGGCAAAAGAUGUACUUAAAUGUGUUUGGUGUAAGCAAAGUUUUCCAUCGCUCGCCGCAAUGACAACGCACAUGAAAGAGACGAAACAUUGUGGUGUGAGUGUACCACCUCAAUCAAACACCCAUCAAUCAUCACAAUCACAACAAUCACAUCAACAUUCUCAAGGUGCGUCAUCCAAUUCAUCACACAAUUCAUCAUCGCAUACAUCAAAAUCGGAUUUAAAUUUACUUAUCAAAGAGACCAUGCCAUUGCCGCGCAAAUUGGUUCGCGGACAAGAUGUGUGGCUCGGAAAAGGUGCCGAACAGACACGACAAAUUCUCAAAUGUAUGUGGUGUGGACAAAGUUUCCGUUCGUUAGCUGAAAUGACACAUCAUAUGCAACAGACGCAACAUUAUACGAACAUUAUAUCACAAGAGCAAAUAAUAUCAUGGCGUUCUGGUACGGGUGGUGGAAGUAGUAAUAAUAAUAAUUCAAAUAGUGGCAACAAUAGUGGAAGUGAAUCAAAUUCGACUGAUAAGCCGUCUGGUGGAAAUGGAAAUAAUAAUAAUAAUAAUAAUACUAGUAGUAGUAAUAAUAAUAAUAAUAAUAAUAAUAAUAGCAGCAGUAACAAUAAUAACAAUAGCAGCAAUAAUUCAUCAAACCUAUCAAAUGCCGCUAGCGCAGCAUCAACAAAUAGUCAUGUAAGUGCCGUACUUACAUGUAAAGUAUGCGAUCAAGCCUUCACAUCGCUUAAGGAAUUGAGUAAUCAUAUGGUAAAAAAUGCACAUUAUAAGGAGCAUAUAAUGCGAUCAAUAACAGAAAGUGGAAGCCGUCGAAAGCAAACAAGAGAGAAGCGCAAAAAAUCGUUGCCAGUGAGAAAGUUGUUGGAGCUUGAACGUGCACAAAAUGACUUUAAAAAUGGCGAAAAUGUAAUGCUCAAUAAGCCAUUGAGAGAUAUCAGUGCUGGUCGUAUAACAUGUGAAAAAUGCGGUGAUAAAAUUGACACGGCACUAUUUGUUGAUCACAUAAGGCAAUGCAUUGGAAAUUCGGGUGCAAUGUCACCAGCGCAGAAGCUUAAAUCUGCACUCAUGUCAAAUACAAUAAUUCCACCUGAUUCCAUAAGUCCCGUAAACAGUCGUGAUGGUCGCAAAAGUAUAAGCGAUAGCGAUAUGACAUCACCAAAUUCCAUUCGACAAAGAUCACCCGUGUCCACAAAUUCAAUGGAUCUCACAUCAUCAUCGUCAGCAUUGAAGAAAGAUUCGAUUGAUAGUAAUAAUAAGACAUCAUCGCCAUCAGUACUUAAUGCCAUCGAGCAGCUAAUUGAGAAGAGCUUCGAUACGCGUCCGCGUCAUGGUUCCACAAAUUUCCCAAGUGUCAAUCAAAAUUCAACUUCAACACUCGGCUCAAGUAUUUUAAAACGUCUCGGCAUAGAUGAAAGCGUUGACUACACAAAGCCACUUGUCGAUGCACAAACCAUGUCAUUAUUGAGAAAUUAUCACUCACAGCAUCAAAACUAUUUAGCAUCACAGUUUACGAGAACAUCACGCGAGCGAAGUGGAAGUGAAUCAAGUUCAAUUUCUGAACGCGGUAGUAGCCGUGGUAUUGAUUCAUUGACGCCUGAAAAGAAGUAUGAUGGAACACGUGAAACGCCAGAUAAACAGCAGCAUCAUCAAGAGUCGGAUGAUGAUAAGCCGCUUAAAAUUAAGAGAGAAGUUACUGAUGAUGAUGAUAAGUCAGUCCUUAAUAGCAAUAAUAAUAAUUUAAAAAGGAAUGCAUCAGUAAGAAUAAAGAAGGAAACGAACGAUAUAGAUGAUGAUGAACAUAAUGUUGUGACACGCAACAGCUCACGUGAGAGUGCCAACCAUAAUAAUAUCAGUCAACAAAACGAGACUGAAGAUGAGGAUGAUAAGCCAUUGAAAUUGAUAAAAACAGCUUCAUUAUUGAAUAAUCGUAGUCCGCGAGCAAGUCCAUCAAGUCCAAUGAGUGAUCAUCAUUCAGUAGCAUCACGUUCGACACCAAAUGAAACAGCACCGUCGACUAAAAAAAUGACGGGUGGUGGUAGCCUUGGUGCAUUAUCCUCAAUGUUUGAUAGCUUGUCAAAUAUUGAAAAGCCAUCAAGUCAAGCUGAAAAUGGAGGUGGUAAACGAUCAAAAGCUCAUCCAUUGGCAGCACUCCAAAAGUUGUGUGACAAAACUGAAAAUACGCCAAAUACACGUUCGAAUAGUGCAUCAAUGACAUUGGCACCGUCACCAUCACCUCAACAGCAACACCAUCAUCAGCAACAACAACAUCAGCAGCAGCAGCAAAAUAAUACAAAUCGAGCGAAUGCAAUGUUGGCAUUCAGCUGGGCGUGUAAUGAUGCUGUAACCGGUGGCGAUGAAUCAAAUAUUAAAUGUGCAUUUUGUGAUACAACAUUCUCAUCGAAAGGCUCAUAUCGUCAUCAUUUAUCUAAAGCUCAUUUCAUCAACGAUGAUUUAAUAUCCGAUGCAAUAUCAUUAAAAUCAAAUUCCAAACUUCCACCGCCACAAGCCCACUCACCAAAAUCGCCUGUUUCAAUCUCACCAAAGUCAAAUGUAAGUGUGGAAAUGAAUCGUGGCAACGGACUGGCGAUGCUAUCGAAAAAAUCUCCUUCACCUGUUGGCAUUCAAUCAUCGUCGAAUGACCGUCAUAAUAAAUCAGAUUUAUCUGUCGCAACCUCAUCAUCAUCAUCGUCGGCAUUUGAUGAGAGUCCACAUUCAAAGUUCUUAAAAUAUACUGAAUUGGCAAAACAAUUAUCAUCGAAAUACGUUUGACAUUCCUAAAGAAAAUAUUUUUAAGCAGUAAGUUCUUAUAAAUAUAUGUGAAAUAAACAUGUUUUAGUGAUGUAUAAAGGCAGGCAGGCAGAUGAAAGAAUUAAGAUAAAUGAGGAGCAAUUAAAGUGAAAUGAACGGAUGAUGAGAUUGAUUUGUUUUGAUUUAAAUAUUAUAAUAUUGUAUUGGAACGGGUUCAUCAUCAUUGUUGGAACUAAAUCUGAGUACAUACUUACCACACAACUCUUGACUUUUUUUGGCUAUAAAGUAUCUCACAUUCUCCCACAACCCCCAAAAAAAAUUCUUAUCUCAUUCCUAUAACCCACAUUAGACUCACCUUGUCUUUCCACACAUCUUCCGUUCUACGAACUUCCUAUUAUGUGAGUAUAUAAAAAGAGUAUGCAUGUAGACAUACAAAUACAAUCUGUUGAAAUUUCUCUUUUUCUUCGGAAAAUUUAUUUUCCUUUUUUUUCACACACAUAAGCCUUGUCUCGCUGUGUGUUGUUCUGCUUCCCCCCACAAAAACACAUAACUUGGAAGGAAAAGAAGAAGAAAAAAAAAAUUAUUUAUUUAUUGUGGAAAGAAUACAUGAAGAUUCUUAGUUCCCUGCUACAAUCUUAUUUAAUGUGUGAGAUUGUCGGGAAAAAAAUUUGCAGACGGGCUUUGCCGAUUGUCUGUUGUUUAAGAGAUUUUUUUUUUUUUUUUGGGAAUUUGAAUCAAAUUAAGGUGAUGAGUGAUUUAGGGUUGUGAGGAAUUGAAUAUAGUUUUUGGGAUAAUUUGGAGAUAGACAAUGUGUUGUUAUAUUUUGAUUCAGUUUGAGAUAUUAUUUGAAGUAGCUGCUUUUGGAUGUAAAUAAAUUUUGACAUCUUCUUAAUAUCUUGUGAAGAUAUAAGUUCGAAUCUUAACAAUUGAAACGAGUCCUAAUAUUAUGUUUUAAAAAAUUUUGUUCAUUUUUGUGUUAAAUUUCAAAUUUUGUAUUUUGUUGAAUAGUUCUGCACUUCAUGACAGUCACGUUCAUGAAUAUACAGUCAUGAAUAGUCCUAAUAAUGAUAAAACAAUUAUAAAACAACUCAAAUAUACAUUUUGUCGUGAAUUCAAACAACAGAUAAUUAAAAUUUCAUUCAAAAGUCAAAAAGUCGUAAGUUUGAAUCUCAGAAAGAUCAAAAGUGUGGAUUGUUCUCAGUUCCUCUAGCCAAAAAUGAUCUUAGUUCAAAAAGCUGUUUAGCAAUCAUUAUUUUGAAUAUUUGAAUCAUUAUCAAGUUAAAUCUCACCAUCUUAAAGGGAUCGCUGAAUUAUUACAUCCGCAAGAAAUAAACAAUCAAUUCAUAAGAAGGCUUUCUAACCUUCUUCUCUAGAUGUCAUAAGUAAACGACCCCUCAAAAGAAGUAUCCGAUUCCAUACGAUGUAUAUGAGUAAAAGUAGCGAUCGUGAAAAAAGAUUUGUGCUUAAAAACCUUUUUUUAAAUGAAAAUUAAAUGAAAUGAAAUGAAACAAAAAAACAAUUACGGACGAAAAGAGAUGAAAAUUUUGUAUACAUGCAUUAACUGUUGAUAGAAAUGAAUAAUUGAUAAAAUACGAUUUAUAAAGAAAUAAUUCACAUGUGAUGCCACAUAUCUAAGAUUAAAUAAGAAAGAAAAAAACUUAAAAAUUAAAAAUACUUUUUUUUUUGUGGAUGAUGAAGGAAGCAAAAAAAAUGAAUAAAAAGAUGUUGAAAAAUAUACAAUUAAUUAUAAUUAACUUCGCUAUUAAAUGUAAUUCAUAAAAUGCUGUAAAUACGUAAGUCUAUUGAAUUGUGGAUAAAAUAAGAGAAAUAACCUCAAAGCCGGGUAUUUGAUGAAGACAAGAAAAAGAUGAGUUUUAUUGAGCAUCAUUUUUUGCAUGAUUUCCUUUAUGUGGAUUUUUAAAAAAUUAUUUCUUUUUCGUCUAUCGAAAUUUAAGCAAUGGCGUAGUCAGGGGGUGGAUUUUUGGAUAUAUCCUGGUCAUACUAGCUAUUAUUGCAUGGAUAUACCCAAAAAAUCAUCUCCAUUUGACCUCAUCGAGGUUAAACAAUUGGUAUUAAAAACCUAGCUACGCUCCUGCCUCCAAAUCAAAAUUAAAAUACUGCGAAAUUAAUCGCAAUUCCGUACAAUGGACAGAAAUUCAUGAUGAAGACGUCAAUAAAUAAAAUUUUAUUUCCAUUUUUUUCUUCUAUUUUCAUUUCGUGAAAGAUGAGAAACAAUUGUUAUACGAUUAAUAUACACACAUAUAAAAAAAGUUAAAUCUUUCUUCCAUUUAUUUCCACAAAACAGCAUUAAAAUGGUUGUUCAAUUAUGAUUUAAUAUUGAAAAAUUACUCUUUUUGCUCCCACUAUACGAAUUGUAACUUAUUUCGGUAAAAUGAAACAAAAAAAAAAGAAUUGUGAGAUGGAAAAAAAACAAUAAAAGCAACAAAAAAUCCAUAUUAAUUGAAACAUCGAUAUACUGUUGAUUAUAUGAAAAUUUAUACGUAUACGCAAUAAAUGAAAUUGAAACUAUACGAAAAAAAAAUAGUAAUAAAAAACCCUGCAAAAUUAAUUUUUUGAAACAGAAGUAUUCGAUCUUUCUGACACUUUUUUUUCAAUGCAUGUACAAGAAUAUACGAUGAAUAAGUUCUUUUUCGAAUGAUAACAAUUAUAUUUAAAAUAAAUUUUCAACAAGAAGUAAAAAAUUUGUAUACGGAAAAAAUAAGCAAAAAAAAAUUUCACAAUCUUCAAUUUUUAAUGUGCCAAAAAAAAUUAUGUUUUUGUCUUCUUUUAUCGGAAUUUUUUUGGAUUCUUUGGUAUUUUUCUAGUCUGGUGUUUAAGUUAUUGCCAUGUGGAAUAAGAUUUGAUCGAUGUUUUGAUGACAUGAAGUUCCUAGAUUUAAAUUUUAUUAAAUCAAGUUCGAUUCCCAAUGAAUUUUAUCAAGAUUGAGCCUAAAGUAGCUUAGUGGUCAUUAGAUCGAAUCCUGGUCAACCAUAAUAAGUUGUUUUCGAUUCAUAUAGACUCGAAAGUUAAACUUAGACUCAACUGAAUGUUCCCUAACAACGAAGUCGAAUAUAAAGAACAUUAAGCAUUGCUUUUGUCUGUUGAAAACUUAAAAUAUUCUUAAACUAAGUUCGAAUUUAGAGCUUUUAAUCAUAGUUCUAAGGUUUUUGCAAUUAUCUAGCAGAUUUUCAUUUCUAAAAUUGUUAAGAGACAUGAAAUCACAUUCUAGCACAGCUAAAGAUCUUCACUGAUCUUAACAGCAUCCAAUUUUAUCCAAUUCAAGCAGGAAAUCUGCAAAUAUCAUUCAAAAAUUGCAAAUUUGAUAAUUAAUCAUAUGCUAAAAGAUUCACAACUAGCAUCAAUAGUCAAGUCAUUAAACAAUCAGCUCAAGGAUGUCUCAAUGAGUCUACGGAACCGAUCUAAAAUCAUUAAAUUUAUAUCAUCUGUUAAGCAUAUUUGUAGUCCUCGAUUAAUACAUUUUCAAGCUAUUAAAUCAACACAAUCUGAUAGAUUUAUUAAUUAGCUAUAAAAUGGAACAGAAUUAGCAUACGACUUGAUAGCCAUAAAAGCUAAUGAUGAUUCUACAAGAAAAUUCGAUGUCAGCUAUAAAUCGAGUAUCAAAUUUGAUGACGAAACUUUCAUUUCAUGAAAAGCCACACGUUGAAUCAUCUUGUUAACCAUUUCUUUUUUUUUUUUUGGCAAUUAACACAUCACAAAACCACAAAUGAAUAACUUCCGCAUGGUGUAACAUUAAUUAAACACGACACAUCCAAAUACAGAUAAAUUUAUUUAUUUUUUUCAUUUCUUUUCUUCAUGCUCACAUCAAUUUGUAUUGAUCUGCAUUUACGGUCUUGAUAUAAAAAUGAGAUUCAAUAAAUUUCAUUUGGUGAAACUUGCAAUAACCUGAUUUAAUAACUUUUUUUUCUUUCAAUACAUAAAUGCGCAAAAGAUAUGAGCGAAAAAUAAUUACCUCUUCAUAAAAUAAGUAUAUUAAAAAAUAUGGAAAAAAAAUUACCUUGAGAAAAAAAAAAAUCAUAAAUAACAAAAAAAUUGCUAUACGAAUUGUCAUUGGAUGAUGGCGUUAAACUUUCGAAAAAUUAUUUUUAUUUGUUUCUUUCUUCUGCUUUUUUGAAGAGAAAUAAAAUGAAUAGUUUCGUGUCCAGUGGGGUUAAAGAGAUCACAUUUUUCGAUGGCUUUGUAUCCAAAAUUUUGAACUCUUUAUUUAUUGACAGCAUCUGGAGUACUUAUCAACAUGAAAAAAAUCUUGACAUCAUGUCAAGUGAAUGCCAGGUGGAAUGAAGAACUGAAAAUGUUGUCAAGCAGUUACCAUUUGGCGUUUGCUUGUCAGUUUUGUUGUUGAUUGUUGUUUUGCGAUGCAAAGUGUUAUUUUGAAGGAUUGAGGUUUUUUGGAUGGGAAUUUGGAGAGAAUUGGCAGGUUUAUUUAUAUUUGAAGCGAUUUUUGAUGCUUAAUUAUGAAAUAACAGCGAAAUGUCCAUGAAUCAGGAGAUUUUGUUUUGUAGGAACGAGUUUAAGGAUUUAUUCUGAUAAGUCUUUGCAAAAUUGAAAAUAAUUAUUGUUGGGUAUUUAAAAGCAACCCUUCUCCUGACGCAACCUAGAUCUACCGUGAGCUAUACAAAAAAUUUUACAUGAAGCUAAGUGAAGAUCACUUUAUACAAUGGAUAGCUAUGGCGAUCCUUGGCAUUCUUACUAAAGAUUACGCAUCCUUUUUAUUGCUUGUGCAAACCUAGUAUAGCUUGGACAACCCUAAUAAAGCUUGGACAACACUACAUUAGAUUAAAUAACCCUAGUUUAACUUGGACAACCCUAGUUAAGCUUAGACAACCCUAGUUAAGCUUAGACAACCCUAGUUUAGCUUGUGGAACCCUAGUUAAGCUUAGCUAGUCCUGGUAAAGCUAUGGCAAUUCUAGUAUAGCUUAAGAAACCCAUUUAUAGCUUGGGCAACCCUAAUAUAGCUUCCACAACAUUACUAUAGCUUAGGCAACCCUACUGUAGCUUGGACAACCCUAGUACAGCUAAAAAGAAUUUUAAAUUUAGAAAAAACUUCAAUUUUCUAGUAAAACUGUUAAAAAAAAUCGAAAAUUGAAAUAAAAUUCAAAUAAAAUAAAUUUAAAAAUUCAAUAAACUUAAAUUCACAUCUAAAAAAUCAUUUUCAAACCUCCAAAAAAAAGAUUUGCUUAAAUUAAAAGUCCAUCAAAAGCAAAGCCAUCCGAAACACCCACCGGACACAUAAACUGAAAAUUGACUUGACUUACUUAUAACAUUAUUAUAAAGAUAGUAAAUUUAAAAAAAAUAAAUAAAGAAAAAAAACUGCAAAAGAAGUAAAAUGAAAUUUAUUGUAAUGAUACAGUACUUUAAAUAUAAAAAUAAAUAAAAUUUAUAUAGAAAAGUAAAACUAAACUACAUUUAAACGUAAGCUAAACUAUUACGUUGAUAAAUUAAGAGAUAAUGAAAAGGCGAAAGAGGAGAAAAUGUGAAAAUAAUAAUAAUAAAAAAAAAUUAUUAAGACUUUUUAAUAUGUAAAUUAUUUACCAAUUAAAUUUCUUGUAUAUCGAGCAGAUGCAUAAGUUUCACAUAUUUGAUGAAAAAAACAAAAAAUAUUUAAUUAUUCCACAUCAAUAUUUAGAGAAUGAAUGAGAAUUAUUAUGAAAAAAAAAAUUAAAUCUUUUUUAUCGAAGAAAUGCUAAAAAAAUAUUUAAAACAAAAUUGCUGUGUAAAUAAUGGAAGUGAAAUUAAACAAAUUAUAAAGUUUUUUCACACAAAAAAUAAAUUGCAUUUAGAUACGCGUGUUAAGCAAAUUAAGUGAAACAAUUAAAUCAUUUUUAAAAUGAGGAAUCUUCAUUAACGUAUACGUAUUUACUGCUGGCAUUAAAAGAGUUUUAAAAACCACAAAAUACACAACAAAAUCUGUUUAAAGUCAUGUUUAUGAGACAUUUUAGAAUUUAUUAUGAUUAAAAAAAAGUAUUUUAAUUCUUUUUGGAAAAAAUAAAAAAAUAAAAUUUUAUUUUUGAUGAACUAAAAUUUAUUUUUUUUUUCGGUACUUCCAAUACAAAUGACAUGUUAUAGCCACUCUUAUAAUUUACAUAUUUCUGGAGAAUGAAAAAAAAAAAACAUUACGAUAAAAAUGAGAAUAUAUUUAUUAAUACGAUAAUGCAUAAAGAUCAUAAUUUAUUGGAUUAAAAUGAUAUAAAAAAAUUUAUUUUACCUUCAAGAAAUUAAAGAAUUAAAUGAUAAAUGAAAUUUAAUGAUAUUCACUUCUGGUCUGAAUCCAUAACUGUUUGGAUUCGAUAAAUAUUCAGUCAUAAUGAAGAGAUCUUUGUGGGAAUUUGCCGCGAUCGGCUUUAGUUUGGUUUUGUAACAGAAUAAGAAGACAACAUGAACUUUGGUUGAAGUCAAUUCGAACAUUUUCAUGAAGAAUCCAGCUAGAUUCAUGUUGAUUUUAAGUUCUAGGCGUUAAAGAAGAUUGAAGUUAAGUUCUUUGAUUAAUUUGAUCUGAAAUGGAUGUUCAAUCGAGCUAAGUUUGUCAAAAUUGUAUCAUGUAUACUUAAUAAGUAUGUGAUAUUGUUUAAAAGACUAAAGAUUACUUAAGGACAACAAAAGUCUAACCUAAUGACUACCUGAUGUAGAUUAUAUUUCAUUUAGAUCUCUGCAAUAGGUUAAUUCUUAGUAGCUAUACAAUAGUAGCUAUAAUUGAACUAUAAUCAACCUUAUAAGUACUAUAAUAGCUCUAGUAAGAUUUUAAAAUGUGUUAAAAUACAAAACCAGACUCUGAACCUGAUCCAAAAAUCAAAAUUACCAACCAAAAUGAUAAAAUUCAAAAUUCAUAUAACCUCAAAGGCAUCAUUAAAAUUCAUUUACAAAGUAAAAGCAAAAAACUUUAAUAAUUUAAGGACAUAAAUAUGUUAAACACCGUUAAAAAGACUUGAACACUGAUCAACCUAAAUAAACCUCGAUAGCUUGUCGAAACAUUAUCAAUUUAAUCCAAUUUAAUUAUAAUCCUUCAUGCAUUAAACAUACUCUUAAACAUACAAAAAAAAAAUUAUACGAUGAAGUGUAAAUUCAGAGAUACGAGAAACAAAAAGUGAGAUAUAAAAAAAUAGUAAAAACAAGUAUACGUUUGCGUACAUACAUCCUCCAAAUAAAAUAAAACUUUUUUGGCAGAAGAAAUGCAAUGAAAAAUUUAAAAAAAAAUUUUAUUAAAUACUAUCAAAUUUAAAAGGUAAUGAAAAUUAAAAAAAUAAAUUAUUUAAAUUCAUUUGAUUUCGAAUGCAAAACUUUUUGAGCAAAAAAAAUUCAAUUUACAUAAGAAAUCAUACUUAAAGAAGAUGCAAGCAAAAUUAAACAUUAGCUCCGCAAACAAAGUGACUCAAUUAAGUUUGAUGAUCAUUUCUGGGUGCAAUCUGAAUAAAAAAAAAGAAUUAAAUGCAGCUCAAAAAAUAAAUGAAAUAAAAAACUGUAAAUGUUAAAAGUGAAAAAAAAUUAACAAUAAAAUAUUGAAAAAUAUGGAAAAGAAAUAAAAAUAAUAA